AUGAGCAUUCACGAUUCCAAUUGGACUUGGCCGUGUCGACCAUUUACUCUGCACAAUUUUCUCUUGUGUCUGCUAAUAGUGUCCGUUUUAGUGUCGAUUCAGCCGGGCAGCCGUGGCGUUUUGGCGAGUGAAAACGAAGAUCCCCUGACCAAAGACAAAUGGUCCAAAGCGAUAAACUGGACGGAUACAAAAGUUCGGCCCAAAUCGAAUGCCAUGACGUGCCUCUCGUCCGUCGACGACCGGCGUGAAAACAACUGCAUCGAAGUGAUCCAGGCCAGUUUCAGUCAGAUCUACGACAAAACAUUGAACCACUCGCUGGAAUACCGACUCAUCUAUUCCUACUCUGACCUCAAGACGAAUUUCGCCGUCAGCGUUGAAAGUAGCGACGCCGGCGUCGAACAUCCGAUCCUUUUUGUGGUGCGACAACAAAAGGCCAUUACUUCUUGGGAACUGCCUUAUGUCAUCGAGUCAUCGCCCGGCUACCAAUUAGGUUACAACAGCUUCCGGAGGACGUUGUGCCCUGAAUCGACGACAUGGAUGGGAUCCAUCAACCAAAUCGUUGUCGAUAUUUCCACGUCGAGCCGAUCGAACGUGACGUUCAGUCUGAAAAUGUCGGUCGACGCUCAGCUGCACGUGCGGUUGGAAGAGGAGCGUCGCAUGUGGGUCACUCCGUCGCAGAACCGCAUCUUUAAAUUCACGUUCCCGACGUCGGCGUCGCAGGUGGCCGUCUCCUCCAAAUCUCCCGACGAUAUUUGCCUGACGGUAUCGGUUCAAAGUCCUCAAUGUCCCGUGUUCGACACGAUUUACAAUGUGGAAUACGAAGGGUACCGUCAAACGAUGACCGGCCAAUCAACAAUCAUCGUGCAGAAAAAUCAAUACCCCGAAGGCUUUUAUCUCGUGUACAUAGUCAAUACAAAUGAUGACAAGUGCGUCAACAGCCGGAUGCCAGCGCCGUUCCGGGCAAACCGGACGAAAGAAGUAACUUUCACUAUCCAAGAGACGGUGUCGGUGCAAGAGUUCCAUCAAGUGAUAUUUAUGGGGACGCUGGGCGUCUACGCGGGAUUCAUCACCUUGGUUAUAGCCACUUGUCUUUUAGUCGAGUGGAGGAGGACACGGUCCAAACAGGCGCGCCGGGAGUGGGAGGUCACGGUAAAAACGUAUAAAUCCGAAUUGCAACCCAUUUCUGAGGAACAAGAGUCUCAAAUCAGCAGUGCAACCAUCAAGACGGAAGAUUCAACCUGUCACGUAGGAGCGACAUCAGCAGAGGACGCCGACGUCGUCUUUAGCGACACUCGCCCCACAAGGCAACAGAAUAAACUCAGCAGUAAGCGAUGGAGACGAGUGUCGGAGAUGACCAAACACCAACCGGAUUUCUACAAUAAAAAGUCCAAGCGCUACGUGUCCGAGCUGUGCAUUAUCGCCGUUUUCUACCUCAUCCCCGUCGGCCAGCUCGUCUGGAACUACAAAGACAUGAUGGUGACGACGGGAGACCAAGAUAUGUGCUACUACAAUUUCGCCUGCGCCUAUCCCUACCAUCUGCUGAUUGACUUUAGCGACUUUAAUCACUUCUUCUCCAACAUUGGCUACGUCGUUCUGGGCACCAUCUUCUUGCUCAUCACCAAGCGGCGGGACUACAUCGACACGAUGCGUCAAAACGCCACCGGUGCUGAGCAGCAGCAGCAGGAGCAGGAGCGAGGCAUUCCGCCGCAUUACGGCCUCUCCUAUUCCAUGGGCUUCGGUUUGAUCGUCGAGGGGAUUCUCAGCGCCUGCUACCACUUGUGCCCGACGAGGCUCAAUUAUCAAUUCGAUACGUCGUUCAUGUACGUGCUGGCCGUUUUGUGCACGCUGAAAUUGUAUCACGCCCGUCACGCCGACAUAAAUGUCAAAUCUCACAUGGCCUACAUCGUCCUGGCCCUGCUGGUGUUCCUUGGGGCCGGCACGGCCUUCACCAGCCAAUUCUACUUCAAAUUGGGUUUCACUGUGGUCCAUUUGAUCGCCUGCGUCGCCCUGGCCAUCGACGUCUACUACAUGGGUCACUGGAAGUUGGACAAAGAAACAAUGGUGGAGCAUGUCAACACCUGCUGGAAAUCACGACCGCUGUAUCUGGAGCGCUUGACCUUGGUGGUUGUCGGAAUCGUCUGCAACGUGGCAUUCGCCGUGCAGCAGCUGGUGAUGGACAGCGUUGAUUUCAACACGCACCUGCUGGCCGUCUUCAUGAUCAACCUCUUUGUCUAUUCCGUCUUCUACGUCACCAUGAAGAUGCGCAAGCGGGAGUGGGCCUUCGUCACGAACCGCAUCUACCCUUUCUUGUUCCUACUGGCGGCCCUGGCGUUUUGGCUGACCGGUUCUUAUUUCUUUUUGAAAAAAGCGGCCAAGUGGGAGAAAAGUCCAGCCGAGUCGAGAAUGCUGAAUCAGGAAUGCCUGGUGGCUAGUGUCUAUGACACGCACGACUUGUGGCAUUUUCUGUCUUCGACUGGUCUCUUUUUCUUCUUCAUGUUCCUGUUGACGCUGGAUGACGACAUUGAAUCGAAAUCACGCCAAGACAUCCCGGUCUUUUGAGAAAUUCAUCCAUCCCGUAAAGUAAGCGACGAAUGUGUUCAAAACUAGCGCAAUCAUCAUUAAUUAUGUAAACUAAUUUUCGCGUCAAAAGUCAAAUAAACCCAGAAAUGUUUUGUUUGUGGAAAAUAAUGUCACCUUAGU